AUGAAUCUUGAGCAAUCACUUACUUUAAAUGAUACUGUUUUGAAUGUUGAUAUUAAAAAUAAUCAUGACACAACCUUUGAUUCUUUUAACAUUAACAAUGAUUUUAACAAUAAUAACAACAAAGCUCUUGACAGUGAUUUUAAUGAUAUUCUUGGUAGAAGUCUUAGUAAUAUUCUUGACAAAGACUUUAAUAACAACUAUAUAUUACAUGAAAUAACUCCAGUUAGUAAUAAUUCAGCCACAUUAACAGUUGAUCAAACUUUUGCUGAAUGGUGUGAUGUUAAGCAAUAUGUUAAUGCCUAUGCAAUAAAGCAAGGCUUUGCAACAAGAUUAAAUCACACAGAAAAAAAUCUAAGCUUUCUUACCAGAGCAGAAAUCACCAAAGUAAAAUAUCAUGUAAAAUCUGUUAAUCUUAAACACAAUCACCCUAUAGACACUGCUGCUGUUGUGUUUGAUUCUGGGCAUC